ACUCUUCGUUGAUAAGGUUAAUGAUAAUUGGAGGGUUGGCCCUCCAUUUUCGAUAAAGUCCAAUUUACGACCAGUGAUUUUAAUUGAAUUAGCUCACACCCUAGCUCACUUUGUAAUAAAAACAAAAGCAAAAAUAUUUAACAAAAGGUAUUUUAAUAAUUGAAGUAAUAAAUACAAACACUCUCUGUAAAAGCGUGCAACGACGUAGAAUUUAAAGUCUACAAGAAAAGUGAUUAGACUAAUGAGAAUACUUACUUUGCCUCUGUUCAUUAUUGAGAAUAAUCGAUGUGAAGAACCUCUCCAGCAGAUUGGUGUUUACAUUUUUAUAUAAAAAAACAAGUAAAGUAGAGAUUAGUGUUAGGCUGUUCGUCGAGUAGAUAAAUUAAGCCGUAAACCGAGGUUACAAAAGUUAUUGAAAAUGCCGAGGUGUUACAUGGUGAAGAAGGCCUUGUGCAACAAGUACAUGAGCGUGACCAGAGGCUUUGAGUCAUGGGGAAGAAGCAGGGAUUCACCGUCUCCGGAGCCGAGUCAAUCGACGAUUGAGACAUCAACGCCACCCCCAGUAUCUCCUCCACCAUCCGUCUCUCCUCCACCAGCUCAAGAAACUCCAGUGUCAACCAUGAAAGUGAUAAAGAUGGAGUCAGAGAUACAUAUAACUCAUUGUAUAACCCAAGUGCCAUCCACCGAGGAAUCGCCAUCGUCAGAGUCACUGUCAGAGCCAUCAUCGGACCCAUUAGCAGACCCAUUGUCAGAGCCAACGUCAGACCCAUUGUCAGAACCAACGACGGAGUCCUCGACGUCCCCUCAAGACUCGAGUCCGCCUGUUAUUCAGAUAAUCUCGUCGUCACCACCACCGCUAGUUCUAAUUCAACCAGAACCUGUUUAUCAGAGCGUUGGGAUGGACUCGAUGAGGCCAAUGAGUGUCAUUCAGGAGACACCGCUUUUCAAGGACAGAUCAGCGGCUGAGACAGAGGCGGCUCACGAUCUCCUUGAAUUGUCGAGGUCUCUGCCACCAUUGCCACCGCCGAGUGUCGCAGUUGGUCCCCAGAAUGUUCUCGAAUCUCCACCGACUGAGAAUGUCCAGGAGAUAAGUUUCUACCAACCAACGGAGUCGCCGAUUUAUCAGGUUAAUACCAUUGAUCUUGGGGGCACUACACUCUAUCAACAACCGACGGGAAUAAUCUACGAACCGGCGACACUCAUGCAGCAAGGACCAACUGGUGUCUUCAUACCAUUGUCACCAGUACAGGAGAUACUGGUCGCCUAUACUGCACCCACUAUUCCAUCCAUUCUUGCCUCACAGUCGACAAUAGGUGCACCACCACUGACACCACCUACUUCAGAAUGCAGCAGUGAUAUUGAGAAUAAUAAUCCUAAUUCGCAGCCGAGCUCCAGGGAUAAGGAGGUACAGACUAUUGCGGAUCAGGCGGAAGUCAAACCGGCUAGCUACACGUUCGAUACGCUUCUGGUUUCCGAUGGGAGGUCCAAGAAUAAGAGGGCUGGUGGCAGUGGCUCUGAGGCGGAGAGCAGUGCUGAACAACCGGAGACGUCGAGGUCUGGAAGGUACAUCUGCUGUGAGUGCGGCAAGCAAUACGCAACAUCUUCAAACUUAUCGAGGCACAAACAGACCCACCGCAGUAUCGACUCUCAAUCCGCCAAAAAAUGCAUCCACUGUGGCAAGGCCUACGUGAGUAUGCCAGCAUUGGCGAUGCACGUGCUCACCCACAAGUUGACCCACAGCUGUGGUGUCUGUGGCAAAAUGUUUUCCCGUCCCUGGCUCCUUCAGGGACACUUGCGCAGCCACACAGGUGAAAAACCGUACGGCUGUGCCCACUGUGGCAAAGCCUUUGCCGAUCGUUCGAAUCUGCGUGCCCACAUGCAGACACACUCGUCCGAUAAAAAUUACGAGUGCCCCAAGUGCCACAAAUCAUUUGCACUCAAGUCGUACCUCAACAAGCACCUCGAGUCGGCGUGCCAGCGGGAGAAUGGAGAUGACAGCAGUAAUGACGUAGAUACACCGGGAUGUCAAGUUGAUGUACAGAAUAUCGAGCCAUCGUAUGCACCGCUACGUGGCCCAACGGAGGAGAGCACUUGAGCCUAUCACUGACACGUCAACGACACACGGCACUGACGAUGGAGCCUCCGUACCAAGGGACGAAAUGAUAAAAAAUUAUUAUGACAAUGUGGAGGACCCAAUGGGGACGAUGUGGAGAAUAAAAUCAUUCGGAGCACCGAGCACUCGUGCUGUAUUCUAGUCACUCCACUGAGACGCCAAUACGCUUAUUUCUUGAGGAAAUUUAUGAUAUUUUGUCAAGAGAUUGAUUGACAUUCCUUAGGUUCCUAGGUGACAGAAAACAAACAUCGAAAUAUAAGAAAUAUUAAAUGGUUUUCCCGUCCCCCGCCCCCCCUACCCGUCACUCUUAACUAUUACUGUAAAUCUGUCUUUAUCCCAUUUAUCGAGCGGAUUUUAAUAUUUCUAUGAGCCAUAUCGCGUGAUUCACCGUUUUUACAUUUAUUCUCAGGAAGGGGAAACGCAAAGUGUCGAAUUGGUAACGACGAUCGGGGAAUUUAUUCACUAGUUUUUUUCUUCACCGCUAUUGUAUUUUAUUUUUAAAAUGAAAAAAAGACGCAGGGAAAUACCUCGCGUGGGAUUCAGGGUAGUUUCAUGACAAUUUAUGUCUUUGAAUCGAUCGUCGUGGGUACAGACUGGGGUUUUAAAAGGGGGAUGAAGAGUACGGGAGGAAAAAUGAUUAUUUUUUUAGUUAAAGUUAGUGCACGAAUUACCUUAUAUACGUCCAGAGUAGGUAGAGUUUUGCGAGUAUUCAAUUAUUUAAUAAUUGUUGAUGUAUUAUUUUUCGUUUUUUAUAGCGCGUGUGGGAGAAGUGAGGUGAGAAUCCAGUGCAUUCGCUAGAAAAGUGGGAAUAAUUGAAUAGAUUGUCAUUCUCCGAGAAGUUUUCGCGAAUUUUGCAGCGAAAUGUAAAAAAUUUCCAUUAAACCGCAGAAAAACUAAUGGAAUUUCCAAUAAAAUCAAUAGAAUUCAGAUGGAAUGCGCUGGGUUUUUCAUUGAAUUUUUUCAGACGUGUACGUUUGUCUCGAAAGUCGUUUCUUCAGACUUGGAAGCCGCCCUCUAGUUUUUCAAAACUACGAUUAAUCGAAAUAUCAUAUGUUGGAUACAGCAAUGUUACUUAACAUUCGUUAUGCCAUUCGAUAAUGGAUUAUCAUCAACAUUUAACAAGGGAAUGUGGCCCACCUGUUGAAUCCAUAGUGACCAUUGGCGAAAGGGCCACUGUGACCUGGCCUUUACUAUUGUCUCUUUCUCUUGAAUUAUGAAACUACACUACGGUGUGUAUAUACAAUACAUCCACCUACGCGCUGGUAAAUAGAUUAUGAGUCACGUUAGUCCCCAUCAUCGAUCGACGCUUUAUUUUUCCCAGGGGUUCUCCUUCAAGACUCUGUCAAAGGUGGCGGCAUAGCGGUGGGGUAGAAAAGCCUGGGGAAACGACUAUUCUGUGUUAAUUUUUUGUUUUACGAUUUUAUUUGUCCAUGUGCCAUUAAUCCUUUGUUAUUUUUUUUCUGUAUUCUAUCGGACGAUGGAAAUAAACAAAAGUCUUGAUGAGAUUGUUUGAUGAUCAGUGAUAUGACGAGGCUUUGCUUUUUAUACAUCAAUUUAAUUCUAGUCGUAAUUGCUUUAUCGAUAAGAGAGUUAUUUUACUUACUAAGGCUUUAGGAUUUUUCGGUCGAUGAUAAUUCUCGGUUAGCGGGAUUUUAAUUAAAUCUGUAGAUUUUAAUGAUAAGGGGGAGUAUGUAGGAUUUUAGAUGAUGCAGGGUCGAGCGCCGAGAGGGAGAGGAUUAUACUUGAGUCGUGCAUUAUUCAACGUAUAUUUCGGGAGAGAAUUUCAAAUACAAAUUUUCAGGAUGAGAUUAUUGGAUGAGAGGGUCGGGGAUGGUGAAAUUCAACGAAUGCACGAGGGAGGGGAUGAUUCUAUGGAUUCUUUGAGUACUGUUAGAGGAAGUUUGAAGUUUCAGGGGCAGUUGAAUAAUUUUUAAGAAAGGGACAUUAACUCUAGGUCACGGGGAAAAUCGGGACAUUUAAGACUUCACGGGAAAGUCAAUGACAUUCUCCAAAUUAUUUUAAUUUUUAAUGGAAACGUGACUCUUUGGUACCGAAUUUAACAAAUUUAGUUGAAUAAUUGACCCGAAAUUGACAGUUACCAUUGACUUUUUCAUAAAAUUCUGCAUUUUUUACAAAGAAAUUCAUUGGAAUUUCAGAAGAACUGUAAUGUGAUAACAAUUUCCAAGAAGUGUACGGGAAAUUUCAACCAUAAUUUUUAACAGCGAAGGGUGAGGAUUCCAAUUGAACCCCUGACAUUGUGAUUUUCAACUUCUCGAUCUCGUGAUGCCAGAAAAAUUAUUACGAAAAUAUCGAGUCAAUGAUGGUUAUGAGGAUUAAAUAAUCACAACGAGUAUUUCCGUAUUGCAUUGAAUCCAUGGAUCGCGGAAAUUUAACCAGUUGCAGUUGCGGAUCUCUAGUCACAUCCACUAAUCUAAUCACCGUCUUAUUAGAGUCAGUACUCGACAGUCAAUCGAAUAUUCAUAUAAGAGAAUAUAUGAUGAAAUCGUAACGGUAGUCAAUAAAUAUUGUGUAGGAUUUUUCUCGGAUAAAAUGGAAAUCAUUGGGAGGUGAAUUUUGCCAGAAAAUUAAAUCACUGAGCCCCGAAAAAACAAAUCUCAAGCGAAUUCAGAAACUACUGAGCGACAUUGCAUGUGUUGAGUAUGAGAUAAUUUAUCGAGUGUCUGCGAAAGAAAUGAGUAAUUGUCCUGAUGAAUAUUAAAUGAACCUUUUUUAUCCAUUUAUUCGUUACUAACGAGAGUGUGAAAUUUGCAGAGACGUGAAUUAAUGGGCAGGCUACAGAACUGAAUACUCGUAGUGGUCGGAAUAAUGUGUGUCAUCUGGUGAUACAAUUAUAAAUACACAGGUGACACUAUUAACAUACCGAAAAGAAAAAAAAAUGAAAUUGUAAUGUGAGCCUCAUAUACUGACUAGUAUCUGUUUAAUUCCAUUAAUUAGAAUAAAUUACUCCUGAUAAAAGGGAGAGGAAAAAAAAAUUGAAAUACUCAAACACGAUCAUAUCUGACCUUGGCUUGUUUUAGAGUGUGAUAACACGAAAUUUAAAAUCAAUAUUCUAGGGGAGAAUGAGGAAAAUUCAAAUUCACAAGACGUAGGGUCUAGAAUUAGUGUGAUACAAGGUACGACAAAGCAAUAAUUUAGUGAUUGUAUGAUAUUUGAAUUAGUGAUUUAGACAACUAAGUUAUCGUACUUUCGGAACCUAUAUAUUUACUCGAUAAAAUCAAUAUAGUUUUGUAGAAUGCGCAAAAAAAAUGAAAAAUAAAAAAAUUACAAAAACGAAAAAAUGAAAAAAAAACACAUUGAGGGUUUUUUCGAUUUAUGAGGAUUUUUUGUCGGAUCGAAUGAUUAAAAAUUUAGAGAAAAAAGAAUCUGUUGAGUGAUGUAACGAGAACAUAUUGAAUAUUUACCGAAUUCAUAACGAAUUUUCCAUUUACGUUGAUUGGAUGAUAAAUUAAUGUGAUUGCACGUACCAGUUUAAAAUGCAAACACGCUCGCAAUGGUUCACAUGAGUAAUGAGAAAUAAAUGAAAUUCAGUGAAUGAUAAAUGCUGAGGAUUCAAUAAUUAAUAAACGUAGGUGCCAAAUUUGUGUGUGCUGUUAUCAAAACGAUAUUCAAAAAGUUUGAACAGUCGAUUAAUGAUGUGCACCGCUGAUUAAUACCGAUUCAUAUCCAGAGAUAACAAUAAAAUGUUGGAUUAACCAGUUUGUGAAUGAGGAGGGUUACGAGGGGCCGAAGAAAUAUCUGCCGGUGCCUUUAUUACAAUAACUACAUCGGAGAAUAUUCAAUAAAGUGCAAAGAAUGUUUUUUUCCCGUCGACUAUCUCAGUGUAAUUCUUGAAAUAAUAGCGAUUGAUACAAACGUAGGGACAGGAAUGGUGAAUAAUUAGUGAAAUAAUGGGCCAUCGGCGAGGCGGUGCCGAGUGACCUUCGCAGGUGAAUGAAAACAAUGGGAAUGAUAAUAAUAUUACUAUCAAAAAAACGCGCUCUGCGUUUUACACAGCUAGUCACAAAUGAACGUUACUUGUCACUAUUGAACGAUAGAGUGAAUAGUAGCAGAUACUAUUUCACUGAGAUUUGGAGAACACUGUUAGAAGUGAAAUUUCAUGGACAGUUUUCAGGAGAGUGAUGGUGACUUUGAUUUAGGGGGAAAAUGCCAUAAAAUUGCAUAUUUCGCUGAAAAUUCAAGGAAAUUCAACAUUUUUGAGCAGCUGAUGACGAGAAUUCCUUCAUUGACUUACAUUUUCAAAUAAAAGAUUAAUGUUCAGGGCCAGAUAACACUGCAUUUUCCUGAUUUCUAUUCAUUUUCAUGGAAUAAUCUUGAAAUUUCGGUGCAAAUAUAAUGUGAUAAAAAUCUCAAAGAAGUGUAGAAUAGAAUGAAGUGCCAUUGAAGUGGAUUUAAAUGGGAAAAAGCCAUGAAGUUUCAUAUUUCACUGAAAAUUUAAUGAAAUUCAACAUUUUUGAGCAACAGAAAAACGAGAAUUCCUCAACUGACUUAA